AUGGCGGGGGAUCUGGCGGACCGAUGCAGGCUCAACCCCCUUCCGGUGAGGUUCGACACCUACGUUCGCUGUUGGAGCUUCGAGGUGUCGCCUGGCAUCCUUGCAGAUUCCACCAACAUCCAACUGCGGAGUUGUGAUGGCUGCAAGCAUGUUUGCUAUGCUGAUGGACGUCCAUGCUGCGAAGGACACGAGGAAUGGUCCGGCAACUGGUUCUGCAGAAGGUGCUGGUCUCGGUGGGAGCCCGCUGCCUUCAUGGCUUUUCCCCCGUCUUUAUCGGCUUGGGCCUUGGGAGCUCCGUCUGAUGGGAAUGUGAAUCCACUCGUAAGUGCACAAGGCAGAAAGUUCAAGGGGUUGGGGGCAGGGGCUAGCGGCUACGUGGCCAGAGCACCGUUCUGCUACACGUGCGUCGGCGAUGCCUAUGACCCGAUGACAGAAGUGGAGGAUGCGGUGGACAAAGCUGUUGCGAACAUAUUUGGUAUUUUCGGUGAAGAGCUUGGGCUGCGCGUCGGCGGGUCACUGGCGAAGAACAUGAGUGUGCGAAGAGCGCUGGAUGAGCUCCUGGCUCGUCAGGAGAGCGUGUUUCUGGACCAGCAGAACUGCCAGUGGAUGGACCAUCAGCUUCAACUGGCAUCAGCGAAGGCCGGCUGGCUCACUCGUCGACGGUACCUGGAACAAAUCAGCAUCGAUGAGAAGGCCAUGAGAAGGUCUGCGGAAAUGGAGCUGGAAGCCACGGAACUACGACUUGCCAUGGCAGAAAAGGCUUGCCGCCAGCUGAUGCAGCUCCGGGCCGAGUUCAUCCCGUCGGAGGUUGCGCCGGAAGCACCGUCAUCCCCAUCGGCCAUCCUGCUCGGCAACACGCACCUCCGCGUGCCCCAGGAUGAAGCAAAGAAGGCGUCUGAGACCGAAGAGCCUUCAGGAGAGCCGACGAGCCCCGCAGCAGACACGUCAGCGGACCCCCUGCCGGACGAGUCUUCUGGUGCACCCAGAAAUCCCCAGGCUCGGCUGGUGACAUGCUGCGCCAGAGAAGCUCAGAAUCAGAGCACCUCGCAGAUGACGCCCAAGUGUCGGAGUCGGGGCAUUCCACCGAAUAAAGGAACGCCAUGGAGCCCACUGAGAAUUCUGAAGAUGGCCGUACUCGGCGACUUCACAUCGCCUCAGAUGCUGGAGGGCAUCAGCGAUUGGGGAGGAGUGCAGACGUGGUGGCCGGCGCCCUACUCGCCUUACUCCGAGAACAUGAUGCCCGACAUGACAUCGUCCUACCCGCUGCCUGCCCAGCCGUUUGCCGCGGCAGACUGGAUGACGAUGCCGGACGCAGCUUCCUGUGCAGGCCUUGCUGAAGGCAAGUACGCCGUGCCGAAGCCUUUCAACUUGUGGCAAACUUCGACCGAUGCUUUUGGCCAGCCUGGGACACAAGCUCUCCGCAAAGCCGGAGGAGGGAUUUUUCAAGAAGCCCAGCUCCAGGAUGUGCCCAGUACUUUGCCCGCCGGCUCCGGCCUGGCGCUGUUCGCGGAUGGCACCGUCCCGGCUCGCGAGGAGGCCUCGCUGACUUGCGGGGGUCGCUGGCUUCUGGGCCUGCCUCGGAACGCAGAGGAUUUUGUGCCGUUGUUGAACGAGGUGUGGUUUGCCUUGACAAGUGGUCUCCUACGGAGCCAUUUCGAGGGUCAUGCCGACGUGUGCGGUGUUGCAGUCUCGUUGACGGUGGCAGAUGCCAAAGUGGCUCUGUGGUUGAAGCAUGCGGAGGAAGAGCUUCACGUCCUGGCUGUCGGACAAGUUUUGCUGGACAUGCUUCUAGCAGUCGAAGAGAAGGUCUCCGGAAUUGGCGCCGCAGACAUCCGCAUCAAGUUCGAAGACUUCCAGCGUGGUAGGGUCACGCAGAAACUGCGCGGAGCUUGA